AUGCUUGAAGCGAUCGAUAUUAUUCUGAUCUGCUUUGGCACAGUUCUUUCAAUAUUCGCUUCAGUUGCUAUUUUUCUAUUACUGAUUUUUAAACGGCGAAAAUUACAAAGGAAAACAACACAUGACUAUUCACCAAAGGUCGCUGUUGCCAAAGAAUAUUAUCGCGAGAGGCCUCCUCCUACGAUAAGUGUGGCAGCUAAAAAUGGUGCCGCACCACAUUUUGUGUCAAAGCCCGCAGCGGCAAAUUUGUUGGUACGGGUUGAUGAUGGCGGCGGUGGGAGGGAGACGCCGGUGAAGAAUGGCACGAACGGAAGCGUCAUCCUCAAUGUUGAAGAACUGUCGGAGAUCAGACGAAGCCACGAAGAAGUUCAUCGUGGCUCGAAUUCCAUCAAACGAUCACAUCGACCAUGCAAAAUCAAGCUCUCACCGGAUUUGGCUAAAGCUGCACAUGUUGAAGCAGUGCAGACGGAACAUACCGUAGACAAUUUCAUGGAAGAUCUGGAUAGAAUACGCAAUGGAGACGACGCGGUGCUUUAUGAAGAGUUCCAGAUUCUUGAAGCAUGGGAUUCGGCCAGGGAGCGUAAAUGCUCCUCAGCUGAGAAAGCACGAACACGAAACCGUUUCGUCGACAUCUUACCGAACGACAACACUCGAGUGAUACUUCACGGUACGAACGACUACAUCAACGCCAGCUUGAUCGAUGGUUAUCGUAACGCUGGUCAAUUCAUAGCAACGCAAGGACCUAUUGGUCCGGAAGAAACCAGGGAUGGAAGAAAGGAGAGCACAGUGGACGACUUCUGGCGCAUGAUCUGGGAGAAGAAUGUCCAGUGCGUUCUCAUGCUAACUGACUGUGUAGAAAAUAUGAGACAACGAUGUACAAAAUAUUGGCCUCCUUUGGGCGAGGCACAACAAUUUGGUGAGGUGGAGGUGGAUCUGAUCUCAGAAUCUGAAGACCCAAUCUGUCUUCAUAGGGAAUUCGACGUAAAGAGGAAUGGCGAGCAAAGACAGGUCUCGCAAUAUCAUUUCUUGAAUUGGCGCGACGCUAAAGGACCAGAAAGUACUACGCAUUUACUCGAUUUCAUUGAACGGGUAUGGAACAAGCAGUACCGUAAACCAAUCGUCGUCCAUUGUAGAACUGUCGACACGCUACGACAACAACGAAGUCGAAUGGUCCAAACACCCGAACAAUACCUCUCCCUCUACGAGGCUAUUUCACUUGCAAUAGCUGAAGAACGAAUAUGA